GCGCCGGUCAGGUCCUCGAAUCACCGCAUGUUUCUUUUCCUUGGGGAUGUGGGACAUGCACCUCCAGCUGCACUAUACUGAGCGAGAGUGCCGGCGCUGAGAAAUAGGAAUGCAAAUCGUGACCAACACUAUAUCGCUGGCGUCCGCUGGGCGCACGCUUGGGAUACUGCGCACUACACUUGGAGCCCUCCCCCUCCCCAGAGCGGACUGGCCUGGACGGAGCAGAGGAAAAAGCAGAAAAACAACGACACGCCUCGCACCCUAUCCCCCGCUGACUCGCAAAACCCACAUAAAGACCGGGAGCAAGCAAAGGGAGGCGAGCGACCCGAGCAGUUCUCUUCUCUUCUUCAGCACGAAAACAUUUUUUUUUUUGAUAACUCGCACACUUUUUCUGCUAGCCGCUUCUUUUAACCGCGAUAUUGCAGGAUAGACGACCUCUUGGGACAUUUAUUUGCAUCAGCUACACCCCCGCAUACGCUACAAGGACAAUUAGACGGCCGCUAUAUUACCUGUACAACGUG